AUGGACCUAUGUAUUACUCAUAUUGAUACAGAUAAAUUACCAGAAAUAACUUCUAAAGGUUGGAAUGUGUUAGCAAUUAACAGCAAAUUUGUUGCUGAAAAAUCUGGACUAAAAAGUAUUCACAAUGCAUCAGUAUCAGACACUACUUUAUUAUUUAGUCCAUUAAAUGUACUAAAUAAUAAUUGCGGCAACAAUAAACAAAUUCAAAUACUGACCCGUGCAUCUGUACAUGUUGUUGAUGGAUUUGUGCCAGGAAAUCUAAAUAAAUUAUCGGGAUAUUCAAUAUUGGCAAUAGAACCCAGUAGCCAAAAGACGUUUCAACUUUGUUGUGAAAAUAUAAAUGCAGAUAUCAUAACAAUUGAUUAUAAAUCGACAAAUCUAUCAUGGAAGGUCAAGAGGAAAUUGAUUCUUGCGGCUAUACGACGGGGUUUGUGCUUUGAGAUUUGUCUGGGCGAAAGUGGUGUCUUUGGCAACCCAAAUAUAAUUCCACAUUUAAAUAAUCUCAUUAGAUACAUUCCACUCAAUAAAUUGAUUAUAACUAGUGGCUGUAAAUCUAACGACUUGCUACCAUUAACAACAUUCGUUGCCCAUGUAGCAUUGCUAUUAGGAGUUACACAUAAUGAAGCGUUUAGAAUCAUUGACAAAUCUGCUAAGCAAUGUCUCUACAAGGCAGCAGCGAGGCUUACUCAUCAAACUGGCAUUAGUAAAUUGUAA